AUGGGCCCCUGUACCGCCUCCUCAUGCUGCUGCCAGGCCCGUAAUCUGCCAUGGGCCCCUGUACCGACUCCUCAUGCUGCUGCCAGGCCCGUAAUCUGUCAUGGGCCCCUGUACCGCCUCCUCAUGCUGCUGCCAGGUCCAGAGUGUGUCAUGGGUCCCUGUACGGCCUCCCAUUGCUGCUGUCUCCAUCGCCACACUCUGCCAUGUGCCACUUUCAGGUCUCCUCACACUGCUGGUGGGUUCCAUUUUGUCAUAGGGUGCUGUAUGGCCUCCAUUGCUGCUGCCUCCACCGCCACACUGUGGCUCCACACUCUGGUUUUGGCCCCGUGACUGCCCAAAUGAGUGAAGUGUGCGGUGAUUCUAAGAUCGACGGCACUCAUCUGCAUGUCAUACUGACUGACAGUAUUAUUUCUCUUCCCCAGCAGACUCCAAGGGCAUUUAAAUUAAAGGUACAGUGUUCUGCACUAAUAUAA